UCUAGUGGCAGCUCCUCCGCGGUUUAGUCAGACUGAAGAAAGUUACUCUUGAGCUUCUAUUCAACUUUACAAAACUUGCAACACACAACAACAAGGAGACGACACUUUGUAAUUCAUCCAAAUAUGUCAGGGCUUUUUUUUCUGGCAGGACUCGUAAUUACGCACGAGUGAUUCCUCAGAAGCAAGACCAGGUUAGAAAAUAGUGUAUCGUUUGUGUUUCUCUCUCAUCAGCUGUUAAACUUGAAGGAAAAAGAGACGCUUCAGUGGAAGAAAGAACGAAGUCGCAGUCUUUCUGAGAAAAGGGAGGAGGAUUACAGGAAGGUUCUCUGAGCCACAACGUGCCACCCAGCGUCCAGCCUCCGGACGCGCUCCACAUCUCUGCUGCUGCGCGCCUCGAGGUUCACACGAUGGAGAAUAAGAUGAACGGAAGGAUGAGCUCCAUGUGUGUUGCCACCGUCGAUUCCACCGACACGCGACUGGGGGACUCCAGUGAAGCCGGGUACGUUAAUAUUAAACUGUCCAGCGAGGCACAGGCUCUAACUUGCAUGGCGUCCUCCGUGCGUAAUUUCUCCAACGGCGGCGGCGGCGCACUGAUCCACGGGCUCCACUCGAGCGUCGACGGCGCAGUUUUUAAAGAUUGUAACUUGCUCGAUGCUUCAAAACACUUUUACGACCGCGGCAGUGAGUUUCUGAAGUGUAACAAUGUGCAGUGGGAAGACUUUGUCAAAGUUCAGAGGACGGACGUGGACAGUUUGCCCGGCGCACUGACAACCGGAGCGUAUAAAUUCAUCAAGGACGAGAAGGAGCCCUCGGGGAUUAUGGAGACCCCGUGUCCCAACUUUGAUCCAUCACCAGAGAUCCCGGCUCUCCUGGGGCUCAGUGACGUGGAAGCGUCGAGAUUCAGGCCAGCAGCCACCGCGGCUCCUCGGCCGGUGCUGGACGCGUCUCCAAACUUCCUGAUGGACCUCAACCAGCCGGAGCAGCUGCCGGCGCUGGGCCAGGUGCGGGCCGACUCCAGAUGCGGGUCAUCCGGGAAGACAGGCAUCAACUUUGACGCCAACAUCCACGCAGCAGCAGCAGCGCAGCAGCCGAUGUAUAAGAACGAGGUGGCCCGGUGGCCGAUGCCAGCCGAGCCCCAGUACUGGUGCCAGUCCACAGGUGUGACCGACGACCCCUUCGCCCUCGGCGGCUAUGAGGGGAUCCAGACCCAGGCCCUCGCCCAGAGGAACCACUCACCCUUCUCUGGGUUCCCCGGUAUGCCACCGCAGAGGCAGUGUGUGAUUUGCGGCGACGAGGCUUCGGGUUGUCACUACGGAGUUCUGACCUGUGGCAGCUGUAAAGUCUUUUUUAAAAGAGCCGUGGAAGGCCAUCACAGCUAUCUGUGCGCCGGGCGAAACGACUGCAUUGUGGACAAAAUCCGGAGGAAAAAUUGCCCAGCGUGUCGCCUCAGGAAGUGUUACCAAGCCGGGAUGAUGCUCGGAGGCAGGAAGCUGAAGCGCUUCGGGGCCCUGAAGACCCUGGGCCUGGCCCCGUCCCUGAUGUUCCAGUCCCACUUGGCCAUGUCCGCCGACAGCCAGGCCUUGAGCUCCAUGUCUUGCAUCCCGAGCAUCCGCGAGCUGCAGCUCAGCCAGCAGCUCCUCAACAUCCUGGAAAACAUCGAGCCGGACGUCAUGUACUCCGGCUACGACAACUCCCAGUCCGACGUGCCCAGUCUCCUGCUCACCAGUCUCAACCGGCUGUGUGAGAAACAACUGCUGUGGAUCGUCAAGUGGUCCAAGUCUUUGCCAGGAUUUCGUAACCUUCACAUCACCGAUCAGAUGACCCUCAUCCAGUACUCGUGGAUGAACCUGAUGGUGUUCUCGCUCGGGUGGCGCUCCUUCCAGAACGUCACCAGUGAAUAUCUAUACUUCGCCCCCGACCUGGUUCUCAGCCAGGAGCAGAUGAGGAGAACUCCGAUUUACGACCUGUGCCUGGCGAUACAGUUCAUCCCUCAGGAGUUUUCAAAUCUGCAAGUCACCCGCGAGGAGUUUCUCUGCAUGAAGGCCAUAAUACUGCUCAACACAGUGCCUCUCGAGGGACUCAAGAGCCAGGCAGUGUUUGAAGACAUGAGACAGAACUACAUCCGGGAGCUGACCAAGGCGAUCCACAUGAGGGACAAGGGCAUGAUGGCCAGCUCCCAGCGGUUCUUCCACCUCACCAAACUCAUGGACAUUAUGCAUGAUAUAGUGAAGAAGGUCAACCUGUUCUGUCUGAGCACCUUCAUCCAGGCCGACGCCAUGAAAGUGGAGUUUCCAGAGAUGAUGUCAGAGGUCAUUGCCUCCCAGCUUCCCAAGGUCCUGGCCGGCAUGGUGAGGCCCCUCUUAUUCCACAGCAAGUGACGGCGCUGUGGACACAUCCUGAGACGGGAUCACUCAGCCACCCAACGAUUACAGAUGUAGUCAAGUCAUCUGUAAUCUGCCAAACCGCCUCUGACGCUCUUUAUGAGGUGAACUACAAUGAACACGUUCCUUAGAAAUACCUUUUAAAGCCGAGAACCAUCUUGAAUAUUAUGAUCUCAGAGGCAUGAAUCCAUGAAGCCUCUCUGUGUGAAUCUGGUGCAGCCGCCCUCUCUCGUUCUGGCCUCUGUGUACAGAUGGUCAACAGCUGGGUUCGAGAACCUCUGGAGAUAUAUUUUUGUACUAGAGCCCAAAUAUUCAGUGUUUCUGACCCAAAGUGUUUCCUUAAUAAAGAAGACGCAGAAAAUAAUCCUGUUAUUUCAGGGUUAUCAGCACCUUCGUCAGGGAGGAAGACCACUCUCUUUAAAACACAUGUUUAAACCGUGUAUAUUUAUAUAUCAGUCCUCUAAAUAUGCCGGAUUUCCAUAAACUAUUUUCUGGGAACAAAAUGUUAUGGGUUCUUCUUUGGGUCCAGAAAAUUACACAAUAUAUAUAAAAUAUAUAACCACUAAAACAAAAGCGGUCGGUGCAAAUCUUUGCUCAGUGCCCUAAAUGUGUUAUUUUUUAUAAUAGAAGAGGUUUCUAAUUUUAUCAACUUUCUAAAUCCAAAUAAAAAAAUCCACACCAGGACAGAUUAGUAGGAUGCAUGUGAUGGAUUUAAUUCACGUGAGUGCAGUCAUGUUAAAUGUCUUUCACAAUAUCAAGAAAUCCUUAAAAACUAAUGGACUUAAUUUUACACCGGAUUCUAUUUAAGUGAAAUAAAUAAACCUGCCUUGACGAAGGUAUAACAAUGUGCAAUAAAACCAAAUUUAACUGUGGAGAGGAAGGAACCCACAUCCUGUCUACUCCUAAUAAAAGACAAAAGCAGGACUAUGUUUAGAAAGUAGUAACACAGAGAGAUAAAGGCAUUCAACCCCCAACAGCUAAUACAAAAUAAGAUGUUUCACAUGUUGAAUUUCAAGUUCAAGUUCUCUGACAAAAGAAUAUGGAAGCGCAGGUGUAAUGAAUCACGCUAUUUAUUUAUAGACAUGUUCAUCCACCGUGAAGACACAGUGGAUGAUUCCAAGGGGAACAAGCCUGCCAGUAUAGAAAAGAAAUAAAAACAAUGAUGCCAGGUGAUUACACAUUCAGGAAACUGACGUCAUGUUCGUCAUCUGAUCUCAGACGGUCGGGGAGUGUCGCUCCCUCAUGACCCUUCAAGGUCACUUUGCUUUCUUAAAAGGUGCAAAUGGAAAAGAACACCGGGAUCUUGGCAAGUGUGAGAUUUUGUCAAAUACCUUCAGAAAUACAUUUAUGGCCGUCAGAGGAAGUUUAUUUUUGGAGCAAUAGUUUGUAAAUGAAGAAGAAAAAGGAUUUAUUGUUGUUAUUUUUAACUUUUUCGAUAACUUUCUACUCUGGAAAUGUUUCGACAGUGGCAGAAAUAUUAAAUAUGGAAUGGCAUCUUUAACACAAGACAAUCGAAUACAUUGUCAUUGCCAGUACACCAGUGUACCAGCGAGUAUAAAGUACCACAACAAGCAUCAGAGCUGAAGGUUCCACCUCAUGAACGAAGCAUUCGUGACGUUAUAAAAACACUUUUUUUUUAUAUUUGACGUGAUCAUUUAUAUGAAUAAACAGCUACAGAAGGUAAAUAUCGUUUUGAUUAGCGACUACAGGUUAAUGUAUGAGCUUCAAUGUACAGUACAGUGCUGUGUAGCUAACCAGAAAGUGCACGGCAGCAGUGAGCAGGUUCAGUGGUCCAACAUCCAUCACAGGCCAUAAACAAGAGAGUUAAGGUGCAACCCCCCCCCCUCCCCCCAUUAUCGCUUUUACUCAUAGACUAGAUUAAUAUCCUUACUUUAAAAAAAUCACAGUUUGUUGAAUUACAGCUAAUACAGACAAAUGUUUAUGAGCCUGUGCAGAUUUUCAUGAAAGCACUUGCUGAAACUUUCUGUUGAUAUUACUGGGAAGUUUGAAGAUAUAUUAUUAUUACAUAUUUCUGAGAAUAAAACUUGUGAAAUUGAUGUUGUGAUUGUUUUUGUGAAUAUUUAAAGGUUAAAAAACA